AAUAUGCUUAUAACCCCAGAAGCUGCUCUAAAAUUCACAAAGACAAGUGUUUAUUUGGUAUGUUCUUGGCCAUUAUCAGUAGCAGCUAGUAAACGUGAUCAAAUUUUAAUGAAAAUACGGUGGUGGAUAGUAUUAAUAUUCCUCUUAUUCCUACUUUUACCAUUAUUGAAUGGUAUUUAUUCUUAUCAUCAUGAUACAUUGAUAAUGGUUAAAGCUAUUUGUAUGUCCAGUGCUUGCGGUCAAGCCAUUUUAAAAAUAAUUACUUGUCGAAAACAAACUUCAAGAUUUCAGAUAUUACUUCAGGAAAUAGAAGACUUUAUGAAAAAUGCCAAUCUACGAGAAAAAGAAUAUUUAAAAAAAUACAUAAACAGAGCAGCUUUUUUUCAUAUUUUUGUAACAAUAAGUAUUUGGUUGGUUUGUUUCGAUUUUAUAAUUGAACCAAUUAUAUUAGGACAAAAGUUCCCAACUGACGUUGCGUAUCCAUUUUCAAUUGAUAAUCAGUACUUACAUAUUAGUCUUUAUCUUCACCAAGUGAUAUCUUUAUUUUUUAUCGCAGCUGCUCUUUCAAUUGACUUCCAAGUAGCGAUUCUGCUUUGGUUUACUGCUUUGAAAUUAGAAACACUCGGCUAUUAUUUUGAAAAUGUGUCUAAUGAGAAAGAGCUGAGAUACUGUAUCAGAAAACAUCAGCAUAUGCUUUGGUACGCCAAUCAAGUAAAAAAUGCCGUAAAAUACGUUGCUCUAAGUACUGUGUUAACAACAACAAUAGGAAUUGUUUGUGGAUGUUUAACAUUAAUAAGCCAUCAGCCACUUUCAGUGAAAUUACGUGUGGGGAAUAUUGUAAUAAAUGCCGCUGUUGAGUUAUUCAUUUAUGCUUGGCCUGCAAAUAACCUAAUUCAAAUGAGCCAAAUUAUUAGUUCAAAUGUUUAUCAUUGUAAUUGGUAUGGAAAAUCGACGAAAAUGAUGAAAACAGUUUCAUAUGUAAUUCAAAGAUCACAAAAACCCAUAACUAUUUACAUCAGUGGAUUUAUUCCCGAUAUUUCAUUACAAUAUUACACAUCGUUUUUGUCUACAACUUUUUCGUAUUUCACUACAAUGAGGAUUCUUCUUUCAAAAGAAUAA